CUUCUCGAUUCCGCCCUCGCCGGAGGACGCGGGACUCGGCCUGCACCUCGACGACGGUAUCUGCUUGCGCUAAACCGGAAAGGUCAGGGGUCAUGCAUCACUGGCCUUUGUCUUCCCACAUAACGCCUGGCAUCCGAUAAAAGCUGAAGAGACAUAUGAGCCAUGAAUCUGCAGAGGGAGAACAUCCUUGGUCCUACAGUUUUGCUGACACAGACAUUUUUCUAAGCUGCCUCAAACAGCCUGCCUGCCAUUGAUGUAAAUAACUGGCAAGACUUCGUAUUUCUCACUGCAGAAGCCUAUAACCUAAAGUUGCCUGAUCACAAACACGUUACUUUUAGGAUAUCAUCUACAUUUAACCCAAGGUCUUGUCUCUUCUUAUUCCAAGAUGUUGAGAUACUGGGGAGAGAUACCCAUAUCAUCAAGCCAGACCAACAGAAGUUCCUUUGAUUUGCUCCCACGGGAGUUCCGUCUGGUGGAAGUCCAUGACCCACCCCUGCACCAGCCCUCAGCCAGCAAGCCCAAGCCCCCCACCAUGCUGGACAUCCCCUCUGAGCCGUGCAGCCUCACCAUCCACACCAUCCAGUUGAUCCAGCACAACCGUCGCCUUCGCAACCUGAUUGCCACGGCUCAGGCCCAGAACCAGCAGCAGACAGAAGGUGUGAAGACUGAGGAGGGCGAGCCUCUUCCCUCCUGCCCGGGGUCACCACCUCUCCCUGAUGACCUCCUGCCCCUGGACUGUAAGAACCCCAGUGUACCGUUCCAGAUCCGGCACAGUGACCCGGAGAGUGACUUUUAUCGGGGGAAGGGGGAGCCGGUGACUGAGCUCAGCUGGCACUCUUGUCGGCAGCUCCUCUACCAGGCAGUGGCCACAGUCCUGGCCCAUGCAGGCUUCGAGAGUGCCAACGAAAGUGUCCUGGAGACCCUCACAGAUGUGGCUCAUGAGUACUGCCUCAAAUUCACCAAGCUGCUGCGUGUUGCCGUGGACCGAGAGGCCCGGCUGGGACAGACUCCGUUCCCCGACGUCGUGGAGCAGGUGUUCCACGAAGCAGGCGUUGGCAGCGUGCUGUCCCUCCAGAAGUUCUGGCAGCACCGCAUCAAGGACUAUCACAGCUACAUGCUCCAGAUUAGUAAGCAACUCUCCGAAGAGUACGAAAGGAUCGUCAAUCCCGAGAAGGCCACCGAGGAUGCCAAGCCUGUGAAGGUCAAGGAGGAGCCCGUGAGUGACAUCCCCUUUCCCGUCAGCGAGGAGCCGGAGGCCGACCUUGUGUCUGGAGAGCAGCCACUACCCAUGGGUGUCCUUGGGGCUCAGAGUGAGCGCUUCCCUGCUAACCUGGAGGCAGACGCUUCGCCACAGGCUGCAAGUGCAGAGGUCAAUGCUUCUCCCCUGUGGAAUCUGGCCCAUGUGAAAAUGGAGCCUCAGGAGAGUGAAGAAGGCAAUGUCUCUGGGCACGGCGUGCUGGGCAGCGAUGUCUUUGAGGAGCCCAUGUCAGGCAUGAGUGAAGCUGGGAUCCCUCAGAGCCCUGAUGACUCUGACAGCAGCUGUGGCUCCCACUCCACGGACAGCCUCAUGGGGCCCUCCCCUGUUUUCAACCAGCGCUGCAAGAAGCGGAUGAGGAAAAUGUAAAAAGAAGAGGGAGCGUUUCUUCCAGACCCACAACGUCCAACAGAAAACUUGCUGUAUUAGAAUGUGUUUCCAUAAAUAGUGAUUUAACUACUAUUCUU